AUGCCCAUUCCUUUUGGCUUUGCUCUGGCUCGACCUCUUGCGGCCCGGCCUUGCCUCGCUCACGUCCAUCGCUACAGCGCAGCGGCAGCAGCAGCAGCAACACGGCGCUCUGUCAACCUGGCAGUCACCGCCCUCUACGCCACCACCACCACCCCCGCUACUCCCGCCCACGCCGCUCGCUCCCUCAGCACCACGGCCGCUUCGCUCGACUCGGCACUUCGACCCACAGCCCCCGCCCGCUCUCUUGUCCUGCCAGAGCUGAGCAACAUGCCCGGCAUCGACCCCAUCACGACCGAGCCCUUCCCGCUGGGCGGCCUGCUGCCCAAGGAAACGACAGAGGCGCUCACCUUCCUCCGCAAGUACCCCGAGUACGAUGGGCGCAAGGUCCGCGUCGCUGUCCUCGACACGGGCGUCGAUCCGGCCGCCGCUGGCCUCGCCCUCAAGGGCAAGAUGGUCGACGUCAUCGACUGCUCCGGAUCCGGCGACAUGCCCCUUCGGUCCGUCAAGCCAGAGGCGGCCUCCGGCUCGGCCUCGGCAUCCUCCGACACCAUCUCGCUCAAGUCGCCCUUCACCGGACGCACGAUCAAGGUGUCGUCCAGGUGGUCCAACCCGUCAGGCGAGUGGAAGGUCGGCUUCAAGGCAGCCUACGAUCUCUGGCCGGGCGAGCUCGUCUCCCGCCGCUCCGCCGAGCGCAAGAAGGCGUUUGACGUGUCGCACCAGGCCCUGCUCUGCCGGGUCCAGGACGAGCUCUACGCCUUUGAAAACGCCCCCAAGCCACAGGCGGCGCCGGCCGCGGGCGACAAGUCGGGCCAGGCGCAGCCGUCCGACAAGGGGCCGGCCCAGGACGACGAGAGCCGCAGGCUGCACAAGGAGGAGCUCAAGGCCAAGGUGCAAGCGCUCAAGGACCUGGCCGCCUCGUACAAGGACGAGGGCCCGCUGCUCGAGGCCGUCGUCUUCCACGAUGGCCAGCACUGGCGCGCCGUCGUCGGCGGUGCCGAGGGUGACGCGCAUGACCCUUCCAAAGGUCAGCCCGCCGAACUGCUCCGGCCGCUGAGCGAGAGCAUCCUCGACCUGAGCGCACACAGGCCCAUGACCGACUUCCGCAUCGAGCACCAGUGGGAGACGUUCGGCUCGCAGGAUCUGCUCACCUACAGCGUCAACAUCGUCGACGGCGGCAACACGCUCAGCCUGGUGACGGCGGCGGGGAGCCACGGCACGCACGUCGCCGGCAUCGUCGGUGCGCGUCACGACGACGAGCCCGAGCUCAACGGCGUGGCGCCUGGCUGUGAGAUCGUCAGCCUCAAGAUUGGUGACUCGCGGCUCGGCAGCAUGGAGCAGGGCCAGGCGCUGCUCCGGGCCGCCCAGGCGCUGAUCGACACCAAGUGCGACAUCGCCAACCUGUCUUACGGCGAGGACGGUGCGUUUGGCGCCGAAAACAAGGGCGCGUUCGCCAAGGCGCUGCGCGACAUUGUCAUCCGCGAGCGCGACGUCCUCUUCAUCAGCAGCGCCGGCAACAACGGCCCGGCGCUUACCACGGUCGGCCAGCCCGGCGGCACGACAUCGGGCGUCCUCAGCGUCGGAGCCUACGUCAAUGCCGGCGCCAUGCAGAAGGCCGAGUACGCCCUGGUCGAGAGCGGCGUGCCCGACAGCGUCACGACGUGGUGCAGCCGCGGUCCCUGCGCCGACGGCGAGCGCGGCGUGUCGAUCUACGCGCCGGGCGCCGCCAUCACCUCGAUCCCGCGCUACUGCUUGCAGACGUCGCAGCUCAUGAACGGCACAUCGAUGAGCUCGCCCAACGCGUGCGGCUCGAUUGCGCUGCUCGUGUCUGGCCUCAAGGCCCGCGGCAUCCCCGUGACUCCCGAGCGCGUCUUCAAGGCGGUGCGGGCCACCGGCAGAGACGUCGGUGACCCGCUCGGCGUCCCCUUUAUCCGCGUCGACGCCGCAUGGGACUACCUCGUCGAGAACGCCGAGCGCGCCGACCAGGACGCCGAGUUCCGCGUCGCCGUCACGCCGGCCGGCAAGACGUCGCUGUUCAACAAGCGCGGCAUCUACCUGCGCGAGCGGAUCGAGACCCACCAGACGCAGCAGUACACGGUGACGGUCAAGCCGACGCUCAAGCAGGCCGAGACGGAGCGCAUCUACGGCCUCGAGCUCCGCUGCACGCUCAACGCCACGCAGCCGUGGGUCAAGGUGCCCGACUACCUGCUGCUCGGCGGCAACGGCCGCGGCUUCGAGGUGCGCGUCGACCCCACCGACCUCCAGCCGGGCCUGCACCACGCCUGGAUCGAGGCCUACGAUUCGGAAAAGCCCGGGCUGAAGCUCUUCGACGUGCCCGUCACCGUGGCCAAGCCCGAGGUGCACGCCGAGCCCACCGUCCGCUACGACGGCACGCGCUUCGAGUCGGGUAAGAUUGUCCGUCGCUUCGUCCACGUGCCCGAGGGCGCCACCUGGGCCUCGAUCACAGUGCGCAGCGCCAACCACGCCGCGCCCGGCACCGCCGCCCGCUUCUGGCUCCACUGCGUGCAGCUCGAGCCGCUGCGGCGCCUCAGCGACGUCGAGCACGCGUUUGUGCUCAACCUGCAGGAGAACGAGCCGGUCAAGAAGUCGUUCAACGUGCGCGGCGGCCUGACGAUGGAGAUCUGCUCGGCCCAGUUCUGGGCGCAGAAGGCGGCGUUUGACCUCGACCUCGAGGUGGCCUUCCACGGCAUCACGACCGCCCUCGUGCCCGUCAGCGGCCGCGAGGAGCUGACGCUCAUCGGAGGCCAGGGCCACGCCAAGGUCGAGUGCACCUCCAACGUCCGCAUCGAGAACUUCGAACCUUCAAUCUCCUUCGACACCCGCCGCACCUACGCCCGCCCCACCGACGCCGUCAUCCGCCCGUUGUCGACGCCGCGCGACAUCCAGCCGUCUGGCCGACAGAUGCUCGAGCUGGUGACGACCUACACGAUCUCGGCCAAGGAGGCGUCCAACAAGCUCUCGUACUCGAUCCCGGCGCUCGGCAACCACCUCUACGACUCGAGCGUGCCGCUCCUGACGCAGCUCUUCGACAUCCGCAAGAAGCGCGUCCACUUUGGCGACGUUUACAAAAAGGAGAUCACGCUGCCCAAGGGCGACUACACCCUCAAGGCCCAGUUCCUCAACGAGAGCAUGGCCGUGCUGGAGAAGCUCAAGAACGCCACCGUCAUGGUCGAGCAGAAGCUGUCGAAGCCCAAGGAUGCCGCGCUGCAAAUGUACAAGGACCACGUCGAUCUUCACGGCGAGGCACCGGCCGCCAGCUACAAGGGCGUCAAGCUCUUCCCGGGCGAGCGGACCGUUCUGACGCUCGACCUCAACCUCGAGGGCGAGGCGCUGCCCAAGGAGGCGCAGCCGGGCGACGUGCUGGUGGGCCAGUUUGGCUUUGCGCAGCAGGGCAAGGGCGAGCUGCGCUACAUUGUGCCGCCGGCGCCCAAGAAGAAGGACGACGAUGCGGCCUCUGCGCCUCCGCCGCCGGCGGGGGGCAAGAACGACAAGGAGAUCCCCGAGCUGCUGACGGCGGCGGCCAAGAAGAUCAAGGACAAGAAGGAGAAGCUGGCAUUCAUGGACAAGCUGAUCAAGGACUACCCGGACCACCUCGGCCUGCUGGUGGCCAAGCUCGAGGCGCUCGACGCCGAGGACAAGGAGUCGCGCGCCUCGGUGCUCGAGGUGGCCGAAAAGGUGCUGUCCCAGGUCGACGAGCGCGAGGUCAAGCUGUGGCUCGCCACCAAGCGCCCCUCGGCGAGCGAGCAGAGCGACGACGAGAAGCGCGAAAACGAGACAAAGCAGGAGCAGAAAAAGGCGCUCGUGCUGGCGCUCAACCGCAAGACGCGGGCGCUGCUGAGCGAGGUCGAGGAGGGCCGCGCCGAGAGCAGGGCGCAGAUGGAGGAGACCUGGAAGCGGUACCGCGGCCUGGCUAGCGGCGAAAAGGAGAAGGAGUACACCGAGGUCUACAUCCGCUGGUCCAUCCUGCACAAGAGGUACGCGCUGGCGCUGCAGUCGGUGCAGAAGCUCAAGUCGGAGCUGGGCGCCGGUACGAGCGAGACGGUCGAGGAGCUGGAAAAGGUCAAGGCGCUCGAGCUCAAGCUGAUUGGCGGCGACCAGCACGAGGGCCAGGGCCAGGGCGGCGGUCUGGGAUGGCAGCUGUGGCUGGCGCGCCUGGAGCGGCUCGAGAAGAUUGACAAGCCGGACUCGUACGCGCCCUUCUGA